AUGUCUGGCAUCCCGCAAUCCAACCUCCCCCCCGUCCGACGAGUGGUCACGACCCACAGCGACGACGGCACCGCUAAAGUCUGGAUCGACGAGGAAGUGCCUCGAGUUUCUCCCCCCGGUUUCACCAGUGGUGUUGCCUUCGCGUUGCCUUGGGUCACCGAGCACAGUCCCGCCGAUUGCCAGACGACCGUUGAUGGCAAAACCUUGCCCGUCGGCGAGUUGACCCGCGACGAAGGCUCGGUCGUGCGCUACGUCGAGUUUGAGCCCGGACACGUCAGCCCGAUGCACCGAACGACCUCGUUGGACUACGGCUUCGUCAUCUUCGGCAAGCUCGAGGUGCGACGAUUCCGAGGAAACCUUGGGUGCCGAGGACAAUCACUGAUCAGAAAGCUUUCCUCUUCUUCUAGAUGCACCUUCCCGACGGCAGUGUUACGACCGUGAACCCCGGAGACGUCGUCGUGCAGCGCGGAACGAACCACCAAUGGGUCAACCCCUCCAAGACGGAAUGGGCGAGUGAGUCAGAAUCGAACGAUCAAUGACGCAGACUUGGCACUGACAUCCUUCCUUUGCUCACUAGGGAUGGUCUACGUCUUAUUGCCCUCGAAGCCGGUCGUCAUCGAUGGAGAAGAGCUGGCCCCUAUAUCUAUUCAUUAA